AUGAAGCGCAUCUUCUCCUGCUCCAGCUCACAGGUGGCGGUAGUGACUUGUGGAACAUUGAAAGGACCACAGGGAUGUCUCUUUUCUUUGGCUUGGCAUCCUAACCAUCUCCCUCUUUUCUUUCUCCACACCACCCCCAUCAUACAAUUUGUGGCUCUGGACCAGGUGGAGAGAUGGAACCGCCGUGAUCAGAAGCUGCUGGAGGCAGUGCAGCGAGGGGAUGUGGGACGCGUGGCUGCCCUGGCCUCCAGGAAGUCGGCCCGACCCACCAAGCUAGACUCGAACGGCCAGUCCCCGUUUCAUCUGGCAGCCUCCAAAGGCUUGACAGAAUGUCUGACUAUACUGCUUGCAAAUGGGGCCGACAUCAAUAGCAAGAAUGAGGAUGGAAGCACCGCCCUGCACUUGGCCACCAUCUCCUGCCAGCCACAAUGUGUCAAGGUCCUGCUGCAGCACGGUGCCAAUGAAGAUGCUGUGGAUGCGGAAAAUCGUAGUCCGUUGCACUGGGCAGCCUCCUCUGGCUGUGCCUCAAGUGUGCUCCUGUUGUGUGACCACGAAGCCUUCCUGGAUGUCCUGGAUAACGAUGGACGUACCCCCCUGAUGAUUGCAUCACUGGGUGGUCACGCAGCUAUCUGCUCACAGCUACUGCAGAGAGGCGCCCGAGUAAAUGUCACAGACAAAGAUGACAAAUCGGCUCUGAUCCUGGCCUGUGAGAAAGGCAGCGCUGAGGUGGCUGAACUGCUCCUGAGCCAUGGAGCAGAUGCGGGGGCAGUGGACAGCAUGGGGCAUGAUGCUCUGCAUUAUGCUCUACGCACACAAGACAAGGUGCUGUGGAGGCUACUGCGGCAGGCCCUGAACCGGCGGUGGCGGGGAGGUCAGGGACUAGUUCAACAUCCAGAUCUUCCAUCUCAGGCCUCUCCAUCUGAGCCUCAGGUGGGUUCUCCACAGAAGAGCCCAUGGAGAGCGGAGCCUGAGGAGGAGCAGGAGGAAGAGGAGGAUGAAGAAGACCCAUGCUUAGAGGAGUGGAGGUGGAAGUAUGAAGAGGAACAAAGGAAAGUUUCUCAGUUGGAGCAGGAGCUGAUACGAAAGACAGAAGAGUGUAAAUCUCAAGCUGCAGCCUACCUGGGCCUGGAGAACCAGAUUCGGGAGCAGGUGCAGGAGCUGGGGCACCUCCUAUCCCGAGAGCCCAGAGCUCCAAGAGAGCAGGGCUCUAGUCUCCAGCCUGGAGGAGAUGGCAUAGAGCAGGGUUGUCCCCUGGACCUGCUGACUGAGCACAUACAAGAGCUAAAGAAGCAGCAGCAAGCAGCAGCUGCAGCUGCAGGAAACCCAAUAUUAGCUUCCAAGAAGGCAGAGGAUUCAGCCCCAGGGGAGAUCCAGUAUGAAGCCCAUGUGAGGGCCCAACCAGAAGAACAAGGGCCACCCCAGAGCCCAAGGUCUGAGACCAUUGGGAAAGCCACAGGACAGCAACUUACCACCAAUGGUGGACAGGCCCUUAGCCCUGAUCAUACUGACCAGCUGCAUGCUGACCAGAAGGAGAGGCCCCAGGCCCCAGGGACUGAACCAACAGGCACAAUGGCUGAACCAGUGGGCACAGCAGCCAUGAACCAGCUCCUGCUACAACUAAGGGAGGAGCUGGCUGCUGUGUGGCGAGAAAAGGAUGCUGCCCGGGGGGCUUUGUCAAGACAGGUCUUGGAGGGAGCUCUGGGGACACCCCGGGCUGAGGCUGCAGCAGCUGCCUGGGAGAAGAUGGAGGCCAGGUUGGAGCAGGUGCUGGUGAGGCUGGAUCGGGCAAAGGCAGGACUACAGAUGAAACCUGAGGCCCCUGCCCAGGAGCACAGAGAGAGAGCCCCAAAGGCAGGCCCAGGGACCAUCACCAAAGAGGAUGAAGGGAGGGAGAAAAGGGCUCCUGGGGCCCGGGGAGAGACUCUAGGGGCCCCUGGAGGGGAACAGAUGCCUGGAGAAGGCCUGGCAAAGGGACAGCUGGAGAAAGAGGUGUCAGCACUGAGACUGAGCAACAGUAACUUGCCGGAGGAGUUGGCGGAGCUGGGGCAGGAGCGGCAGCGGUUGCAGCGGGAGCUGCAGUCCCUGACCCAGCGGCUCCAGCGGGAGUUUGUGCCUAAGCCAGAGGCACAGGUCCAGCUACAGCAGUUGCGGCGGAGUGUGGGGCUGCUGACAGAUGAACUGGCCAUGGAGAAGGAGGCCACCGAGAAGUUGCGGAAGCGCCUGGCCACCCAGAGCAGCGGCCUCCGAGGGCUGUGGGACUGCCUGCCCCCAGACCUGGUGGGCAAGGGGAGUACACGAGGCAUAGCCGAGCCCCUGGAGGAGCUGCAGGCCUGCAUCAGCACCCUGGUAGACAGGCACCGUGAGGCCCAGCAGGUGCUGGCUAGGCUGGAGGAGGAAAAUCAGCAGCUGCGAGGGUCCCCUGCCCCACGUGCGGAGCCAAGCACCCCCUCAAAGGACCCAGCAUCCCCCCAAGUGGCUGCUCUGGAGCAAGACUUGGGGAAGCUGGAGGAAGAGCUGCGGGCCGUUCAGGCCACAAUGAGUAGAAAGAGCCAGGAGAUUGGGAAGCUGAAGCAGCUGCUUUACCAGGCCACAGAGGAAGUGGCUGAGCUGAGGGCCCGAGAGGCGGCCAGCCUGCGGCAGCAUGAGAAAACUCAGGGUUCACUGGUGGCUCAGGCCCAGGCUUGGGGCCAGGAGCUAAAGGCUUUGCUGGAAAAGUAUAACAUAGCCUGCCGGGAAAUGGGUCGGCUGCGGGAGGCUGUGGCCGAGGAGCGCCGCAGGAGCGGGGACCUGGCUGCAAGGGCUGCCGAGCAGGAGCGCCAGGCCAGCGAGAUGCGCGGGCGCUCGGAGCAGUUUGAGAAAACAGUGGAGCUGCUGAAAGAGAAGAUGGAGCAUCUCAUUGGGGCUUGCCGGGAUAAGGAGGCCAAGAUCAAGGAAUUGUUGAAGAAGCUGGAGCAGCUUUCAGAGGAGGUCCUAGCAGUUCGGGGAGAAAAUGCUUGCCUUGCCCUGCAGUUGCAGGAUUCCCAGAAGAACCACGAAGAGAUCAUCUCCACCUAUAGGAAUCAUCUGCUGAAUGCUGCUCAGGGCUACAUGGAACAAGAUGUGUACAAUAUCCUACUGCGAAUCCUCAGCAUGCAGGAGGACUGAGGCAGCCUGUGCCCUGAGGAAUUCCAGAUUUCUCUGUAGUGAGUUGAGGGAUAAGGGAAGGAGCCUGGGAGAAAUGACUUGGGAAAGGAGGCUUAAG